GAUUAGCCCAGGGUGUUUUUUUUUUCUCUCUGUUUGUACUAAGAGAGUGAAACAGUGAAGUCUGAAGUUCACGGUGAAGAAGUCUGCGCGUCUCUUUCAGAGUAUUAGUUACGGCCAGCUUUAUCCAAACAAAAUGGGUGUCCUUUUCGGAUUAUACAUCCUGGGGAUUAUAUUUACAUGCGUUCUUCUACUACUUUUGGCAUCUUCCACAUAUUAUCCACUUAAAAAUUAUAUAGGAAAAUGGAACGAAAUGAGACCAAUUCCGGGAAUGCCAGGUGCUUAUCCAAUCAUUGGCAAUGCACUGCAGUUUAAAACCAAUGCCGGCGAUUUUUUCAACCAGAUUAUUGAGGGCACAAAUGAAAAUAGACACCUUCCUCUAGCAAAGGUGUGGGUGGGUCCAGUCCCCUUUCUGAUCUUGUAUCAUGCAGAGAAUAUUGAGGUGGUCCUUAGUAAUUCCAGACACCUUGACAAGUCAUUCUCAUAUAGGUUCCUGCACCCCUGGCUCGGCACAGGCCUGCUCACUAGCACAGGGGAGAAGUGGCGUAACCGGCGUAAAAUUCUGACUCCAACCUUCCACUUCUCUAUCCUCUCUGACUUCCUAGAGGUCAUGAAUGAACAAACAGAUAUUUUGAUUCAGAAGAUGCAGAAGCAGGGAGACGGAGAGCCAUUCAACUGCUUCAGCUUCGUAACAUUGUGUGCUUUGGACAUCAUAUGUGAAACUGCAAUGGGAAAGAAGAUCUAUGCUCAGAGCAAUGCUGACUCUGAGUAUGUUCAAAGUGUCUAUAAAAUGAGUGACAUCAUCUCCAAGAGACAGAGAGCACCAUGGCUGUGGCCAGACUGGAUCUACAACAUGUUACAGGAAGGCAAAGAACAUUCCAAAAGAUUGAAGAUUCUCCACUCUUUCACUGCAAGUGUCAUCAAGGAGCGAGCAAAGUUUAUGAACUCUGAACCUGACAGUGAUUCUGACCAGGGUCCGAGGAAAAGACAGGCCUUUCUAGAUAUGCUGUUAAAAACUACUUAUGAGAACGGACAGAAUUUGAGUCAUGAGGACAUUCAGGAGGAAGUGGACACCUUCAUGUUUGAGGGUCAUGAUACCACAGCAGCUUCAAUGAACUGGGCCUUACAUCUGAUUGGCUCCCAUCCUGAGGUCCAGAAGGCAGUGCAGGCAGAACUACAGGAAGUGUUUGGUUCGUCAAAGCGCCACGUGGGGGUGGAGGAGCUGAAAAAGCUGCGCUACCUGGAGUGUGUCAUCAAAGAGAGUCUGCGGAUCUUCCCCUCCGUGCCUCUGUUUGCACGCAGCAUCUGCGAGGCCUGUCACAUCAAAGGGUUCAAAGUUCCAAAAGGAGUGAAUGCUGUUAUCAUACCAUAUGCUCUUCACCGGGACCCGCGCUACUUUCCAGAACCUGAGGAAUUUCGACCGGAAAGGUUUCUGCCAGAGAACAGCAAAGGGAGGCAUCCAUAUGCAUACAUCCCUUUUUCUGCAGGGCCAAGAAACUGCAUCGGCCAGCGCUUCGCCAUGAUGGAAGAGAAGGUAGUUCUUGCUACGAUCUUGCGUCACUUUGACGUAGAGGCAUGUCAGAGCCGUGAGGAACUGCGGCCUCUGGGGGAACUCAUUCUACGUCCCGAGAAGGGUAUCUGGAUCAAACUACAAAAAAGAACCAUCCACCAUUAAAACUUAAGGUUGCUUCAGUCCUCACAUCACAGACAUGCUAGAGUUGUUGUGCUGUUAGUUAUGAAAAGACUCAAAUGCAGUGUUCUGACAUUUUUGUAUUUUCUGUGAUUGAUUUUAUGGAAAAUUGUGUGGAAUGGAUGGUAAAAUGAGAGCUGAAAGUACCAGACUCUUAUCGGUAGCUGAAGGCGUAAUCAAAUUAGUCAAAAUAUCUUAUAAACAACCAACACACAAAGCAAGGCAGAUUUCUGAUUCCAUGUGGACCUAGUUAUAAGUUAGAAAUAGUCGCUCAGUAGCACAAAAUAAGCCAAGACAGGGUGAUCAGUUAAUUGACAACCCCAAAACAGCUACUUACCGUAAAUGUACAUGAAAUGUUGAUUUAAGUUUAAAUGAUUUUAUUGUAUGAUAAAUAAGACAGCAGAGUGUUGAACAUUAAACUAGCACAGCAAGUAUGACAGUGAUGAAUUAUAGAGUUUAUAGAGUUUAGUGGUCAUUCGACAAAUAUAUUUAACCACAGAAUGUCAUAAUUGAUCAAUCAGAAUCAUGUAUGUAAAUCAACUCAAUUGAGGCAAAAUUAUUUUUGCACUUUUUCACUCUAGUUUUCCCUUUAUGAUAUUGAAACGUAUGUACUGUAUAGUAUAGACAUUUUAUAGAUCUUUUUCUAUUUUGCUGAAUGUAUGACCGAUUAACAUCAAAAAGAUAAUUUCAUUCAGUUUGUACUUAAAUGCUGAGCUUACGCACAUCUAACAUGACUGCAUACUGUUUUUCUUUCA